GGUAAACACCAUGGCGGAACCACAUAAGGGUGGGUCGUUUUCUAAAGGGAUUGCCAAACGAUUUGUAAGAACUAAGGAGAAGGUCCUACAGAAUCUAGGCAAAGCAGACAGAACUACAGAUGAUGUGUUUGAUGAAAAUGUUACAAACUUCAACAGACAACAGGCCUCAGCGCAAAGACUUCAAAAGGAGUUGAAAACAUAUUUAGUUUGUGUCAAAGAGAUGGCUGCUGCGAGUAAAAGUUUAUACAGCACGAUUCAGGACAUAUAUGAGCCAGAAUGGGUAGAACAUGGGUCAUUCGAAAAACAUAUAGAAUCUCAAGACUUGAUCUGGACUGAUUAUUUAAAUAGUUUGACUGACUCAGUACAGGGACCUCUCGCAACAUAUAUAUCACAGUACCCAGAAUAUAAAUCAAAAAUAUCAAAACGGGGCCGGAAGCUAGUUGACUACGACAGUGCAAGACAUAAUUUAGACUCUCUGAAAAAUGCAAAGAAAAGAGAUGAAACAAAAAUAAUGAAGGCUCAAGAAGAACUGGCAUCAACUAAAAAAGUUUAUGAAGAUUUAAACUAUCACCUCCACGAUGAACUUCCCGACCUUUAUGACAACCGAAUUUCAUUUUACACGGGUCAUUUUGAAACUUUAUUCACGAUCGAAGAAAAAUUCCACAGAGAGUCCGGAAAGACUCGAGAUGCGUUAAAUGAUGCAAUUAAAACCUUAGCAGUAGAAAAUGAUAAAGGAACUUAUAAAACUAAAAAAUUACCACAAUUUAGUAGAAAAAGUGGAGAUUAUAACAAUGGUUCAACUUCACCCUCAUCCUUACCUACUACCCCCGUUGAUAGCCGACCUGACAUUGCUGACACCUUCAACGUCAAUCUGGGUGACAUUAACGGUGAAUCUAGGGACGAUUCAUCUCCAACCCCUGCACCUAGACCCUCUUUACAUGAGAGCGAGGAGGUUGACUUGGAGACCCCUAGUAAGGAACAAAAAGAGGAGGCCCCUUCUCAACGGUACAAAAAUGGUUUAUACGACCCAGUUGCUGAUCCAGGUCCCAGCAGUCACAUGAAUGGUCCAUCUAGCGAGGACUCAGCAGCUGUUACCAUGGAGACAAGUCGAUCUGAUAGCAUCCCAUUAUCUCCUCAAAGUGAACCCCAGGGGGAGGAAGCGAGCAGGGAGGAAGAGCAUGAUCGACCAUAUGAACCUGUUGAUCUAGGAGCACAGUUGCAAGAGGACAGAUCUGAUAGAUCAUCCCCGGAAGUUUCCGUCACUCACACAAACACAGAGGUCAAGGUCACUCCAAACAACAAUGUGCAUAAGAAUAGUGACAAGGACAACAAUGCUUACUCCCUAGCAACAGACAUCCAAGAAGAUGUUUAUAAGGUGCCCGAAUCUAAUCAGCCAGUUAAAGCUGAGGCCAGUCUUCCAGCUGGGGUUUUAUUUCAGGUGAGAGCCACCCAUGCAUACCAAGGUGAAGACUCAGAUGAACUGUCAUUUGAGGCAGGUGACCUGGUCAAUGUUAUCCCAUUUGAGGAUCCUGAAGAUCAGGAUGAUGGUUGGCUAAUGGGAAAUCUAAAUGGUAAAAAAGGAGUAUUUCCUGAGAACUUUACGAAAAGAAUAUAGUGCUAUGUGGCAUACUCCAUAUGCAGAGCUUACGACAUAUUUAUAUACCUGUACUGUAUAGUUUAAACAUACUAUUCUCAUACCUGUUAUCAUCAUUAGAUACAUAUAUCUAUACAUGUACCUUAUAUGGAUUAGAACAUAUUUAUAUUAUCAGUUCAUUACAUAUACUUACAGUAGGACAUUCAAUAUAGCAUGAACAGUAUGUGUGUUUAUAACUGUCUUAUACAGUAAAACCUGUAAAGUGAAACACUUUUCAAAGUCCUGUUAUAUAUAUAUCUCUUUAUUGCGACCAAUUCUGAUCUGUUAUCGAUAAACGAAAUGUUAAACAAACCUCUGUUAGUUGAACCCAUCCAAAUUUGAACACUAUUUUUAGUUACCUAAGGCAUUAUAUAAGACACAGCUACUGUACAUCCAUCUCAUUCCAUCAUUCACAUCCAUUUACUGCAGACUUGACGUUUUAUACAUAUAUCUCUAUACACAUGUAUUCUUAUUAGUCAUGUAUCUCACUUCAUCCUCCUUACUCAAAAUUGUAUAAAUUCAUUUCAUAGAGUCUUAGCUGUUUCCUACAUUACAAAGUGUACAAGGCCAUUCAAAGUUAAUUAUUAUAUGUUUAACAUCCUGAUGAAGGGCCAUUAAUUUUAGGAGGGUGGGGGAAACAAAAUCACUAUUGUGACCAAAGGUCAAUUUUAGAGUUUCUGUCGUUAUUCAAGUUCAUAUAUUUGGUCACUUAAGAUUUUGUUUUCUGAAAAUUUGCCUAAAUCUUAGAAUGGUGGUGACAAAAAAUGUAUAUUCAACUUUGAAGGGCUUAAUCUGUAGUUGAAACUACAUAAAUUAUGUAUGGCCAGUUGUACAGAGUCACAGAUAAGAAACCAUAGGUUAGGUACAUACAGGCUGGUCCAAAAACCAGCCUCUUAAUUGAUUAAUUCUGAGACAUAUUAUUCUAUAUGAAUUUAUCAAUGAAAAUAUUUGAUAUUCUAAAAAGGAGCAGUCCUAUAAACUACUGAACUUUUAGAAAUUGUGGGAUUCAUUUUUCCUCCUUGGGGAGGUGGAGUUUGGGAAUGGGAUCCUUUAUGAAUAAUAGCAUGAUUGAAGAUAACUCAACAUGCAUUUGAAAUCCUUUAUACUAGAACAAAUAUGCUUUGCAGCUGAACUGAAGAUUAUGAUAUUGGGAUGUUUAUAGUAAUAACUCCAAAUCAUUUUAUAUUCUCUCUUAUUUGGAAGCCUGUUGUGCUUUGUAUACAUUGUAUUGUCUUCCAUUUUGUGGUUUCAAGAGAUGACCCAUGCUUCCAUUAUUCCUUUAAGCAAAGUGCGGUCUUAUUUUGAGGUACAUGUACUUUGUCAUGGUAAUAGCAUGCCUGGGAAUGGCAAAAGACAAUAAAUAUAGGUUUAUGAGUGCUCAGCAAAUGAGGAAUAAUGUAUGAAUGAUGAACUUUUUAUUGCAAUGUGAUAUCAUAUUGAUAGGGAUACUAGAUGUAUGCAGAUAUUUGGUAUUGCUAUAUGUUGCAUUGAUUACCUCUGAAAGUGAAUUCCUAUACGCAAUAAGCAAAAUAUAUUAUUAUAUAACAAUAUGUAUUUAUCAUAUAAAUAAUUUUAGUACUUUUUUUCAUUUGUAUUAUCUUAUCUAGAUAACAUAAGAAUAUUAGAACUCAGCAUAUGACAAGAGAGGUUAGUCCUGAAAUUCACUGGAUACAUAAGAAUGACAAUUAUUUUAAUUGAUUUUAUCCUUUUGUCAAAGUGUAUGCCAGUUGUUGAAUUGUAUGUAUAGGUGCUAGGUUGACAGAAAGAUGGCAGCACUGAUCUGACAAGAGAAGAUCGCGCUCCACCACUGUCAACCUAGUCUCUGUGAUUGUGUAAUAUAUAUGUAAUUCUAUGAUGUGUAUAUACCGUAAUACAUGUAUUAAGUAUAUUACUUAAAACAAUAUGUACAUUUAAUGUAAUAUUAAAAUUUAGAAUUGUAUAAAGAAGCAAUUAUUAUCAUGAAAACACAACCAUAGACUGGUGUUUAGAUAGGGUAGACACAUAGAGAUUUAUGUACUGGUUGGUGUAUGCCCAAAUUUAGAUGCCUGGUUCUGAAAGGGCAU